AUGACGGAUAUCAAGAUGCAAGUCGAGAACCCCCAAGAGACCGUUGAGGCGAUCAAGCAUGGGGAAAUCGACGAAUCAUUGUAUAGUCGGCAGCUAUACGUUCUUGGCCACGAGGCCAUGAAGCGUAUGGGCUCUUCAAAUGUUCUGGUUGUAGGUCUCAAGGGCCUGGGUGUGGAAAUCGCCAAGAACAUCGCCCUCGCCGGUGUCAAAUCCCUCACCCUAUAUGACCCCGCACCAGUCGCUAUCGCAGAUCUUUCUUCUCAAUUCUUCCUUCAGCCAGAGGAUGUCGGCAAGUCUCGCGCUGAAGUCACUGCUCCCAGAGUCGCCGAGUUGAACUCCUACGUUCCCAUCACAAUCCAUGAGGGCGAGAACCUUGUGGGCGAUCUUGAACAACUUAAGCGCUACCAGGCUGUGGUUCUCACACAGACACCUUUGAAGGAACAACUAGCGAUUGCCGACUUCUGUCACAAGAACAAAAUUUACCUCACGAUUACGGAUACUUUUGGUCUCUUUGGUUAUAUCUUCAAUGACUUCGGAAAGAACUUCACCGUGGGUGACCCCAAUGGUGAAGAGCCUGCUAGUGGAAUUGUGGCCGAUAUCAAUGAUGAAGGAUUGGUCUCGGCGCUCGAUGAGACCAGGCACGGACUCGAAGAUGGUGACUUUGUCACUUUCACUGAAGUUAAGGGCAUGGAUGGCCUCAACAACAGUGAUCCUCGCAAGGUCACGGUGAAGGGUCCGUAUACUUUCACCAUUGGUGAUGUCUCCGAUCUAGGAUCCUACCAGGGCGGUGGUCUCUUCACCCAAGUCAAGAUGCCUAAGUUCAUUGAUUUCCAGCCAUUGGACGAGCAACUGAAAAAGCCCGAGCUGCUCAUCUCUGACUUUGCUAAGUUCGAUCGGCCACAACAAUUACACAUUGGUAUUCAAGCUCUCCAUGAAUUUGCGGAAACUCACGAUCGCCAAUUGCCUCGUCCUCACAACGAUACCGACGCCCAGGAGGUUCUAAAGAUUGCUAACAAUCUUGCUGCUGCUGGUGAGGACAAGGUAGAGCUGGAUGAGAAGAUCAUCAAGGAGCUCAGCUACCAAGCACGCGGUGAUUUGAAUCCGUUGGCUGCUUUCUUCGGUGGUAUCGCCGCCCAGGAGGUUUUGAAGGCCGUCUCUGGAAAGUUCAGUCCUGUGCAUCAGUGGAUGUACUUUGAUUCUUUGGAGUCUUUGCCUUCAUCGGUCACUCGAUCUGAGGAGAGCUGCAAGCCUCUCGGUACCCGCUAUGAUGGUCAGAUCGCGGUAUUCGGCAAGGAAUACCAAGAUAAACUUGCUAAUGUCACACAAUUCUUGGUGGGCUCCGGAGCUAUUGGUUGCGAGACGCUGAAGAAUUGGGCCAUGAUGGGUCUGGGUACAGGACCUAAUGGAAAGAUUUACGUCACUGAUAUGGACCAAAUUGAGAGGAGCAACCUUAACCGGCAAUUCCUCUUCCGUCCCAAGGAUGUCGGCAGACUCAAGAGCGAGUGUGCAUCUGCAGCUGCCCAGGUCAUGAAUCCUGAAUUGAAUGAUAAAAUUGUCACUCUUCGUGAUCGCGUCGGUGCCGAUACUGAACACGUCUUCAAUGAGAAUUUCUGGAAUGGCCUUGACGGCGUGACAAACGCUUUGGAUAAUGUUGAUGCGCGGACGUAUGUCGAUCGCCGCUGUGUCUUCUUCCGCAAGCCAUUGCUGGAGAGUGGUACUCUCGGCACCAAGUGCAAUACUCAGGUCAUCCUUCCCUUCAUUACGGAGUCUUACUCCAGCUCUCAGGAUCCCCCAGAGAAGUCAUUCCCCAUGUGCACCCUUAAGAGUUUCCCCAACCGCAUCGAGCACACCAUUGCCUGGGCCCGAGAUGUCUUCCAGACCUACUUCGUUGGCCCACCUGAGUCGGUCAACAUGUACCUCUCGCAACCUGACUACAUUCAACAGACCCUCAAGCAGGCGGGUAAUGAGAAGCAGACCUUGGAGCACCUUCGUGACUUCUUGGUUACUGAGAAGCCACUGACUUUUGAUGACUGUAUUGUGUGGGCUCGCCAGCAGUUUGAAGCGCAAUACAACAAUGCGAUCCAGCAGCUUCUCUACAACUUCCCCCGAGACUCCAAGACCUCAUCCGGUCAGCUCUUCUGGUCUGGACCCAAGCGUGCUCCUACGCCCUUGAAGUUUGACAGCGUUAACCCCACCCACCUCGGAUUUGUCAUUGCCGGUGCCAAUCUCCAUGCCUUCAACUACGGUAUCAAGAACCCCGGUGCGGACAAGGACUAUUAUCGCAGAGUGGUGGAUGAUAUGAUCAUCCCCGAGUUCACCCCGAGCUCUAAUGUGAAGAUUCAGGCCAAUGAGAAUGAUCCUGAUCCAAAUGCUCAGCCGGCUGGAUCUUCGUCCGAUGAGGACGAAAUCCAGACGUUGGUCGCCAGUCUUCCCUCGCCCAAGUCUCUCGCUGGCUUCCGCCUGCAGCCAGUUGAGUUUGAGAAGGACGAUGACACCAAUCACCACAUUGACUUCAUCACCGCAGCUAGCAACCUCCGUGCGGACAACUACGAAAUUCCUCAGGCCGACCGACACAAGACCAAAUUCAUUGCCGGCAAGAUCAUCCCGGCCAUUGCUACCACUACUGCUUUGGCCACUGGUCUUGUGGCCCUCGAGCUUUACAAGGUUGUCGACGGCCAAGACGACAUUGAGAAAUAUAAAAACGGCUUUGUCAACUUGGCACUUCCGCUUUUCAGUUUCAGUGAGCCGAUCGGUAGCGAAAAGGGCAAGUAUCAGGGCAAGAAGGGCGAGGUCACAAUUGACAAACUCUGGGAUCGAUUUGAGGUGGAAGAUAUUUCCCUCCAGGAGUUCCUCGAUUUCUUCGCCGAGAAGGGUUUGGACAUCACCAUGGUCAGCUCUGGGGUCAGCUUGCUGUAUGCAAGCUUCUAUCCUCCCUCGAAGGUCAAGGACCGCCUCCCACUGUCGAUGAGCAAGCUUGUGGAACACGUGAGCAAGAAGCCAGUUCCCGAACACCAGAAGAACAUCAUCUUCGAGGUGACAGCCGAAGAUCAGACAGAAGAGGAUGUGGAGGUCCCCUAUGUGAUGGUCAAGCUCUCAAAAUAA